AUGGGCCAGCCACUCCUGGAUUCCCACCGUAUCCCCACACCCCGAGGACUGGUCCUUGUGCCUUCGCGAGAACUAGCUAAACAAGUACAGGCUGUAGCACAGCCGUUGGGCAGCUCCGUGGGCCUACAGGUGAGGGAGCUAGGGGGAGGCCAUGGCAUGAGAAGGAUCAGGGUGCAACUAUCGAAACAGCCGUCAGCAGAUGUGCUAGUCGCCACUCCUGGAGCUCUGUGGAAGGCCCUGAAAGGUCAUCUGGUUAGUCUGGAGCAGCUCUCCUUCAUAGUGUUAGAUGAGGCAGAUACGCUUUUGGAUGAAAGCUUCCUAGAACUGGUGGACUACAUCUUGGGAAAGAGCCAUAUAGCUGAAGGCCCAGCUGACUUAAACGACUCGUUCAAUCCCAAAGCUCAGUUAGUGCUGGUGGGCGCCACCUUUCCUGAAGGUGUUGGACAGUUGCUAAGUAAAGUCACCAACCCAAACUCUGUAACCACCAUCACCAGCACCAAGCUUCACUGUAUCAUGCCUCAUGUCAGACAGACAUUUAUGAGGCUGAAAGGAGCAGACAAAGUGACAGAGUUGGUGCAGAUCCUCAAGCAGCAUAACAAAAAACUCAAGACUGGACCCUCUGGAACUGUCCUAGUGUUUUGUAACAAUUCCAGCACUGUCAACUGGCUGGGAUAUAUUUUAGAUGACCACAAAAUCCAACACUUAAGGCUACAGGGAGAAAUGCCAGCUUCAAUGCGGGCAGGUAUCUUUCAGCGUUUUCAGAAGGGCUCCCGGGACAUACUUAUCUGCACAGACAUAGCUUCUCGGGGCUUGGAUAGCACCCAUGUGGAACUAGUUGUCAAUUAUGAUUUCCCUCUCACUCUGCAGGAUUAUAUCCACAGAGCAGGGAGGGUGGGCCGUGUGGGAAGUGAUGUACCUGGCACUGUCAUGAGCUUUGUGACCCAUCCGUGGGACGUAAGCCUGGUUCAGAAGAUUGAGCUCGCAGCUCGUCGGAGGAGAACCCUUCCAGGACUAGUGUCCUCAGUGGAAGAGCCUUUGCCUCAGCGAGCCUGA